AUGGCAAAUCUGCCUCAAGACAUGUCCCAGAUUACCAUCUCUGACCAGAAGCGAAGCUUUGCUAUCGCAGAGCUCUUUAUUUUCUCAGCCAUCCACAUUGUCCAGUUCGUCUCGAGAUUCAUUCAGGAGCGCCGUUACUGGCAUCAUACAAAACGUCGAGGCAAUGCUCGAUGCUUUCUAUACUCCUGGUGGGGAAUGAUAGGAAUUCUGGCCCAGCUUCGAAUUGCUGCCUCAGCCAUGAUGAUUUCAAACCAGAGGCCCAGCAAGCCAAUGCUGAUUGCCGAGACCGUCUUGCAGGGAAUCGGGCUCUCUCCUCUUCUUUUCGAAGUCAGCCUCGUUCUCCUUCGAAGCGGACAGACAGGCCGGACAGGGCCCGGAAACUCUCGACACCCAGGCCAUUUACGAUUCACACUCCAUUUCUUUCGCUUCCCCGUCAUAAUUUCCAUCGUGUUGGUUUUGGUUGGAGGUUUGCUUGAUAUCCGUGCUUGUGAAAUUGUGGGAACAGUGGUAUUUGUUCUGACAUUCCUGCUUGUAUGGUGCAUCUUGCUUGGAAUGGCAGCGAGAUCGCGCAGGUUCCUCUCCGCGGCUGGAUAUAGGACCGUACUCUUGGUCUUGGCAUCGCUGCCGUUUCUGACGGCGAGGGUGGUCUAUUUUCUGCUCUCGGAGCACGGGUCGCCUAGGUUUGGUGCUAUUACAGGCGAUAUCGAUGUUAUGAUUGGGAUGGGACUGUUGAUGGAAGUUAUUGCCUCCAUUCUGUUGAUAGCCGCUCGCAUGGUUGCAGAACCUCUGUGGUCUCCACUUCCUCGGACGCCCUUGUGUUAA